CUCUCUUCAUUACAGGCUGCUCUGCCUUUCUGACUCUCUCCCACCCCCAGCAGCCUUCUGCCUUCCUCUUCUCCCCUCCCCUGACAGCCUCCCUCUUGGUGGUUCCAGGUUCUUUGUGGCAACCCCCCUAGAGGUGCCUUUCUCCUCCUCUCCCUGCCCUGGGGUAUCCCACACAAAGGCAGGUCUCUAUGUCCCCUACCCAGCAGGGCUCUGUGACCUCCCUCUGUGGGGCUGGGGCUGCCCUUGUCUGCGAAUCCUGGCAUGACCUCACCUUCUGCAGGUGAAUCAGAGUCUGUAUCAGUUUCUCUUUCGCUUUAGCUGCUCAACUGGCUCCAGGCCCGGCCCUGCACAGGCCUUUCCCAGCCUGGGGCCUCCCCUAGUGGCAGGUGUGUUUUCACUUUUCCUACAUCAGCUGGGAUUGCCCCUCUGUCCAAGCUAAAAGCUGCACCAUGGAGCCCAUGUCAGCAGAGCUGCAAGUUCAGACAUACAGACAGAACAGCAGCCUGAGACACAGAAGAGGAGACUGAGACCAGAGACACCAAACAAGGCUGGUGACACCCAGGUGACAGCCUCUCUGUGGACACUUGGACGCCCAUCUGCUGACAGAGACCAGAGAGCAGAGGCCAGAGACCAGGAUGAAGCCUGACUGGGCUGUGUGGUGCACGCUGGUGCUGAUGCUGAUGGCCGCGGUGCUGAGCAGGACAAGAGCAGUUCCUGCCCCUCCGCCCCCCAGGACCCACCUGGGUGCCAGGGGCUGCCACAUGGACCAGUUCAAGUCUCUGUCCCCACAAGAGAUGAAGGCCUUCAAGAGGGCCAAGGACGCCCUGGAAGAGUCCCUCCAGCUCAAGAACUGGCACUGCAGCUCCCGCUCACUCCUCAGGCCCCGGGACCUGAGGCAGCUGCAGGUGUGGGAGCGCCCUGUGGCCUUGGAGGCUGAGCUGGCCCUGACACUGAAGGUCCUGGGGACCGUGACCAACUUGACCCCGGGGGACAUCCUGGACCAGCCCCUCCUCACACUGCAGCACAUCCACUCCCAGCUUCAGGCCUGUGUCCCAGCUCAGGCCCCAGCUGGCCCCAGGCCCCGGGGCCACCUCCACCAAUGGCUGCAUCGCCUGCAGGAAGCAGAGAAGAAGGAAUCCCAGGACUGCCUUGAAGCCUUUGUCACAUCCAACCUCUUCCGCCUCCUCACCCAGGACCUGAAAUGUGUCGCUGCAGGAGACCUGUGUGCCUGACCUUGAGGCCUGGCAGCCACCUGUGCCCUCAUCAUGGAUUUUAUUUAUGCAUGCCCCCUUUUUUAAUUUAUUGU